AUGCACUUUGGCUUUCAGUUCACCAAGGAGGCGUUGCAGCAUGAGCCGGGGGUAGAGGUGGUGCAGUGCGACCGUUCGCAGCUGGCGCACGAGCUGAUGGGCGCUGACGUGGCGGUGCCGCUCAUGGCCCGCCUGGACGCCCAGCUGCUGCGGUCUGCGCGCCGCCUGAAGCUCAUCAUCCAGUAUGGCGUGGGCGUGGAGGGCAUCGACAUGCCCUCGGCGACCGAGCUCGGCAUCUGGGUCAGCAACAUCCCGUCUGCCGGCACCGGCAACGCCGCCAGCUGCGCGGAGCAUGCCAUCUACCUCAUGCUGGCCACGCUGCGCUACCACAAUGCCAUGGCAGACAGCAUCCGCGAACGCCGAUUGGGUGUGCCGCUGGGGCAGACGCUGCUGGGGAAGACCGUGCUGCUUGUGGGGUUUGGGAACAUAGCAAAGGAGCUGGCGGUCAGGUUGAAGCCCUUUGGAGUGCGAGCGACUGCGCUGCGGCGCAGGCCUUGGGGCAGCAGCAAGCCCGCGGCCCCGCUGCCGCAGCAGGAUGGGGAAGGGGCGCCAUGGGCGGCUGAUGGCAGCCAGCAGCAGCCUGCGCAGCAGCAGCAAGGCUCGGAGCUGGAGGCGGCGGCGGAGGCGGAUGAGCACAACCGGGGCAUGAUUGGAGCAGAGUUCCUCAGCCACUGCAAGCCUGGAGUGCGGAUCGUGAAUGUGGCGCGAGGCGGGCUGCUGGAUUAUGAGGCGGUGCGGCAGGGGCUGUCCAGCGGGCGCAUCACGGGGCUGGGGCUGGAUGUGCAGGAGCAGGAGCCUGUGGACCCACAGCACUGGCUGGCGCAGCACCCCAGCGUGAUCCUCACGCCUCACAUCGCCGGCGUCACGGAGAUGAGCUACCGCAGCAUGGCAGAGGUGGUGGCGGCGGCGGUGCUGCGGCUGCGGCAUGGCCAGGCGCCUCGCAGGCGGCUCAACGACCCCGCGCACCCCCGGGCUCUCGACUGGCUCACAUGA